AUGACAAGACUUAAUGUGAAGUCGCCUGAAUUUCAUAGCUCUAGUGUGAAGACUCCUGAACCACAAAACUCGAAUAUGAAUGUAUUUGAAAUAGAAAAAUCUAAUGUGAAGUCGACUGAAUUUCAUAGCUCUAGUGUGAAGACUCCUGAACCACAAAACUUGAAUGUGAAGGUAUUUGAAAAUAACAAGACUCAAUGUGAAGUCGUCUGA